AUGACCCGGGAGGAGCAGUUUAGGGAGGAGCUGGGCUAUGACCGCAUGCCCACGCUGGAGCGGGGACGCCAGGACCUGGGGAGCCACAUCACAGAUGCAAAGCCGAACGACCUGCAGCUGUCGAAAAGGCUGCCUCCCUGCUUCAGCUACAAGACCUGGCUCUUCUCUGUGUCGAUGGGGAGCUGCCUCCUGGUGACCUCGGGGUUCUCGCUCUACCUGGGGAAUGUGUUCCCUUCUGAAAUGGACUACCUGCGGUGUGCUGCAGGCUCUUGCAUCCCCUCGGCAAUUGUGAGCUUUGCAGUUUCACGGAGAAACGUCAACAUGAUCCCCAACUUUCAGAUACUGUUUGUGUCUACAUUUGCUGUCACCACCACGUGUUUAAUCUGGUUUGGAUGCAAACUAGUCCUGAACCCGUCAGCUAUAAACAUAAACUUCAAUCUCAUUCUGCUUCUCCUGCUGGAGCUUCUCAUGGCAGCCACAGUGAUCAUCUCUGCCCGGUCCAGCGAGGAAUACUGCAGGAAAAAGAAGGGUCCUAUGUCUGACAGCACCAACAUUUUGGAUGAAGUGACAUUUCCUGCUCGAGUCCUAAAAUCCUAUUCAGUCAUUGAGGUGAUUGCUGGUGUGUCUGCCGUCCUCGGUGGCAUCAUUGCUCUGAACGUGGAUGACGCAGUUUCAGGCCCGCACCUCUCGGUGACCUUCUUUUGGAUCUUAGUGGCUUGUUUUCCAAGUGCCAUUGUCAGUCAUGUGACAGCAGAGUGUCCCAGCAAGUGUCUGGUGGAGGUGCUGAUUGCUGUAAGCAACCUCACGUCCCCGCUGCUGUUCACGGCCUCUGGAUAUUUGUCAUUCAGUGUAAUGAGAAUCGUGGAGAUUUUUAAAGAUUACCCACCAGCCAUAAAACAGUCCUACGACGUGCUCCUGCUGCUGCUGCUGCUGGUGCUACUGCUGCAGGCCAGCCUCAACACGGGCACCGCCAUCCAGUGCGUGAGCUUCAAGGUUGGCGCCAGGCUGCAGGGCACAUCCUGGGACACUGAGACUGGCCAGCAGGAGCACCCUGUGGGGGAGAUGGCCAGAAGCCCCCUGAAGGAGUUUGACAAGGAGAAGGCCUGGAGAGCCGUUGUGGUGCAAAUGGCCCAGUGA